AUGAAGAGGAUACCAAUAUCUCCUGCUCUUCUUCUUCUUCUUCUUCUUUCUCUUUUGCUCUUAUCCCUUGUGACAUGGUCGCAAAGCGCGGUUGUUCAUGCCGGAGAUCGUUCGAGGAGGGGCGAGAGCGCGACGUCACGUGUCGUCGAUGUUGGCGUGAUCUUGGACGCGAAAACGUGGAUCGGGAACGUGAGCUGGACGUGCAUGCAAAUCGCCCUCGAAGAUUUCGACAAAGCGCACACAGGUUACGGUACCAGGCUCUCACUUCACCUGCGAGAUUCGGGUGGUGAUGUAGUUACAACUGCAGCUGCAGCUGUCGAUCUAAUGAAAAAUGUCCGCGUGCAAGCAAUUAUCGGGCCGCAGACAUCGACAGAGGCCAAGUUUAUAGUGGAACUCGGAAACAGAACUCAGGUGCCCAUCAUAUCAUUUUCUGCGAAGAGCACAUCUCUUUCGUCGCAGCAAACUCCGUAUUUCAUCCGUACCGCAUGGAACGAUUCUACGCAAGCGAAAGUGAUUGCCUCCAUAGUUCAAACCUUUGGUUGGCGGGAAGUCGUUCCGGUGUAUGAGGACACCGACUAUGGUAACGCAAUGAUCCCUUAUCUUAUUGAUGCUUUGCAAGAUGUCGGCGCUCACAUGCUCCAUAGGUGCAAGAUUCCGCUUGAAGCUACUGAUCAAGAAAUCAUCGCCACCCUCUUAAAUUUGAAGUACAAUUGGACCAGGGUUUUCGUCGUCCAUAUGUCGUAUAAUCUAGCAUUUAAGUUUUUCAAGAAAGCAAAAGACCUCGGAAUGAUGGAAUACAGCUAUGUGUGGAUGACGACGUACGGAUUAACCGACAUCGUCGACCUGAUGGGUCCUCCUGCCGCUGAAGUCAUGCAGGGUGUACUGGGUAUAAAGCCUUAUGUUCGAGAGACGGACAAGCUCCGAGACUUUAGAGUUAGAUGGAGGAAAAGAUAUUGGCAAGAAAAUCUCAAUUCCUCGAUAACUGAGCCUACCGUUUUCGGGCUAUGGGCGUAUGACACGGUGUGGGCGCUGGCGAUCGCAGUGCACAACGCUCGCAUUACCAGUUCGAGCUUUCGGAAUUCUGACACGAGCAGCAGUUCGACUGAUCUUACGAGGAUCGGGCAAUCUCAGACCGGAGAAAGACUUCGAGAAAAGAUGUCGGAAGUCAAUUUUUCUGGGAUGGCCGGGAAAUUCAGAUUGAUCGAAGGGCAGCUGCAGUCGGGUGCGUUCGAGAUCGUUAAUGUGGUAGGGAAGGGGAAGAGAAGGGUGGGGUUUUGGACUUCAGUGCAUGGGGUUUCUAGAUAUAUUGACAGGAAGGGUGACCUUAGAGUUCUCGUCUGGCCUGGGGGUAAAACAGAUGCACCUAAGGGAUGGCAGUGGCCGACAAAUCGAACUCUCAAAAUCGGCGUGCCCGCGAAACGUGGAUUUGCUGAAUUUGUGAGGCAGGAUCCGGAUGGAGUUUUUAGAGGGUAUUGUAUCGAUGUAUUCAAAGCUGCGCUUCAUGAAUUACCAUACAAUGUCAGCGUCACUUACGUGCUUUACGGGGAUGGGCAUGGAAAUAUGAACGGCACAUACGAUGAGCUUGUUUACCAGGUUUAUCUCAAGAAUUUCGAUGCCGUUGUGGGUGACAUCACGAUCAUCGCCAACCGAUCUCUUUAUGUGGAUUUCACUCUUCCCUAUUCCGAAUCCGGGGUUUCCAUGGUGGUCCCAAUCAAGGAUCAGCGCCGCAAAGACGCGUGGACCUUCCUCAAGCCACUAACCGCCAAUCUCUGGUUGGCAACUGGCGCCUUCUUCGUCUACACCGGUUUUGUAGUCUGGUUCAUCGAGCACCGAAGCAACGAGGAAUUCAGAGGAAGACCUGCGCAGCAACUCGGCUCAGUCUUCUACUUCUCUUUCUCCACACUCGUGUUCGCCCAUAGAGAGAGAAUAGUGAACAACUCAUCAAGGUUUGUGAUGAUCAUCUGGGUCUUCGUUGUGCUGAUACUGCAGCAAAGCUACACCGCGAGCUUAACCUCGAUUCUGACCGUGCAACAACUUCAGCCGACAGUGACCGAUCUGGACCAACUGAUUAGGAGCGGCAGCUACAUCGGAUAUUUGAAUGCGUCUUUCAUGCCUGGUCUCUUGAGCCGGUUGAAUGUUGAUCAGUCGAAGCUAAUAGCAUACGACUCUCCUGCCGAAUAUAAUGAGGGUCUGUCCAAUGGGAGUGUGGCGGCUAUUAUUGAUGAGAUACCGUACCUUAGAGUGUUCCUUUCCAAUUACAGCAACAACUACACCAUGAUCGGACCGAUAGCUAAAGUCGACGGAUUUGGAUUUGCGUUCCCUAUUGGUUCACCGCUGGUCCCGGAUCUCAAUAGGGCAAUCCUCACCGUCACGGAGAGUAAGAAAAUGACUGAAUUCGAGAACACGUUAUACGGGAACAGAACUUGCUCGGACAAUGAAGAUAGUACAGCAACUUCUUCCAGCAGCCUCACUUUCAACAGCUUCUGGGGUCUGUUCCUCAUCACCGGAGCGUCCUCCGUAUCCGCGCUGAUUCUAUCUAUUAUUUUCUUCGCUCUUCAGCACCGCUGUAUAUUGAGAGAUCGGUACUUGGAGAAAUCUUUUCUGCAAAGGUUGGCUCUGUUUCUCAAGCUCUACUAUGAGUUUGAAACUUCGUCUCAGAAUCGCCAAAAGGAGGAGGAACCGACGGUACCGCAGUUAUUGGGAGCUAACAACAUGGCUUCGCCUCGCGUAGAUAACAGACCGGAGAGCCCGUUAAGCUUCUCUAACCACACGCAGCGACAAUUUGAUUCUGAUAGUGAUUUAGGGACUCUGACAGGAGGAGAAUCAGAAGCAGAAGCUGAAGCUGAAGCUGAAGCUGAAGUUGAUACAGAAGGCGGCGACACGCCUGGAAGGGAAAUCACAAGUCAAGUCCCGGACCCUCCAUCAUUUGCAGACAUGCUCAGUGAAAGCGAUCGAUAGAUUCCUAUCUCUCUGGCCUGCUCGAAACUUAAAGCCAAGAUGCGUAAAGGACAUUAUGUAGGAAGACUGUAUCAUAUAGUUCCUCGGAUAAUCGAAAAUUGGGCUAAGACAUGUAACUUUUUGUUCUCAGAUGAUUUUCCUAAACAUCUGUUUGUCUGCUGUGUAUUAUUAAUAUCACCCUGCCAGAUUUAUAAGUAUUC